UUAACUACUACUAUCAUUACAUAAAUACAGACGUGCUCAUAAAGGGUUGCCGAACACAAGCCAGCUAUUUAAUGUUGCUACGGUAACUAAUUGUUGGUUGAGCUGUGAAUUGUGAUUUUAAGAUUAGGCAGUUCCAGCGAGUCAGGAGGGUUGGUUUAUGAGUAACUGUGCUCCAUGUGUCAAAGGAAUCACCUGCCUUGCUGUCAGAGACGACAAGACUGCUUCAGCUGAGAAGGAUAAAGAGACACAUAAGCUAAAAUGCUCCCAGAGAAACAGCUCCAGUGCAGCAUCUGUCAGCAGGUGUUAGCUGACCCAGUGACCACUCCCUGUGGGCACAACUUCUGCCUGGUCUGCAUCGGGCAGCUGUGGGACAGCAGUGACGUCUGCCAGUGCCCCGCCUGUAACAAGACCUUCGCCUCCAGGCCUGAAAUAAGCAUCAACACGGCCUUCAAAGAGCUGGCAGACGCUUUGAGGCAAAUGAUCGUCUGCUCCUCAGCCUCACCCCUGUCUGCCGCCAAACCGGGCGAGGUCGUGUGUGACGUGUGCGCCGCCUCCUCCCUGCAGGUGAGGGCCCACAAGUCGUGCCUGGUGUGUCUGACGUCGUACUGCGAGGCCCACCUGGAGCCGCACCGGACCGCGGCCACCCUGAAGCUGCACAAGCUGAUGGAGCCGGUGACGAACCUGCAGGACAGGCUGUGCAAGAAGCACGAGCGGCUGCUGGAGAUUUUCUGCAGGACGGAGCAGAUGUGCGUCUGCCAGUUCUGCACCGAGACGGAGCACAAAGACCACCGGGCGGUGACGAUGGAGGACGAGAGCAAGGAGAGGAAGGUUCACAUGAAGCAAACGCAGGCAGAUUUUCAGCAGAUGAUCCAGGAGCGGCAAAAGAAGAUUGAGGAGAUAAAAACCUGUCUGAAGCUGAGCACAGUAAGUGACGAUGGAGAGAGUAAACCUCAACCUCCAACUGAAAGUAAGUGUUGUGUUAAACAAAACCCUGCUCUAAACACACAUUACAUUGCAUCUUGGUGUUUUCCUGUAGUAGAAAUUAUAUUUAUUUCAUCACUGGAAGCUUGUCCCAGGUGUACCAAAAUCAAAACUUAUAUCUCACUCCAUUUCUUUAAAUCAAGUGCUAACAUGUUUGGUGCUUUCCAGUUGAGCGCUGAGAAGGAGAAGAAGGCGAGCGACAGUCUCUUCACGUCGCUGAUCAACUCGACGAAGGAGAGACGAGCCGAAGCUGAUGCAGAAAUCGAGGAAAGGCAGAGAGCAGAAGAGAAGAGGGCAGAGGAGCUCAUCGGCGAACUUCAGCAGGAAAUCGCUGAGCUGCAGAGGAGAAACACCGAACUAAACCAGCUGGAAAACACCGACGACCACCUGCACCUCCUGCAGAGACUGCCCUCGCUUGUGUCACCUCCACCUACCAACAGGGAGUGGACAGAAACAAGGAUCUACCCUGAACUCUGCGUUGGGACGGUGAGGAGAGCGCUUUCCAGACUGCAUAACACUGUGAGGAAAGACCUGGAUGUCUUGAAGAAAGAAGAGAUGAGGAGGAUGCAAAAAUAUGCAGUGGAUGUGGUGUUGGACCCAGACACGGCCCAUCCGAACAUCGUCCUGUCCUCUGACGGAAAGCAGGCGGGCCGAGGCGAGCUGCUACACCUCGUUCCCGACAUUCCCCAACGCUUUGACCCGGUUAUCUGCGUUCUGAGCAAGAAAGGCUUCCGGUCUGGGAGGUUCUACUUUCAGGUUGCAGUUGGAAAUAAGACCUUCUGGGACCUGGGUGUUGUCAAAGAGUCCGUCAACAGGAAGGGCAUGAUCACCUCCACCCCGGACAACGGCUACUGGACGGUGCGUUUAAGGAACGCCAGUGAGUACCGGGCCCUGGACUCCCCCUCCGUCCUGCUUCAACUCCAGAAGAGUCCCAAGACCAUCGGAGUGUUCACAGAUUACGAAGAAAGGAUGGUUUCGUUCUUUGACGUGGAUGACAGAUCGCACAUCUACACCUUCACCGGCUGUUUGUUCUCGGAGAGGAUUUUCCCUUUCUUCAGCCCAGGGGUUUUUGACCACGGGAAAAAUACAGAGCCGCUGAUUAUCACAGCUGUCAGUCAGGAAACUUGAAAAGAAACCUUUAAUUGAGUUAGGUAGCAUGUUUUGUACACAACAUAGCAGUUUUCUUUCCUCUAUUCUAUUUAAUAUAGGUUGUUUAUAGAAUACGAAGAUGUUCAUUUUGGAUCAAAUGUGAAGCAAAACCAAUCUGGUUUAAGUUAGAUUAGUUCAACAGAAACCUGAACAAUCUCGGGUUGGCUUGACAUUUCCGCUUUCAAACUGCAAAGUUUAUGCUGACGCAUGCACUAACAAACAAAACUGAGUUAAAAACAAGAUUAUUACUGGAAUGACAUUGAUGUCUUCAUCAAUAUCCUCUGUCAGUCCUCCCUGCGGAUGCAAACAGCGACCAGUAGAGAUGACAAUUAAUCAACGACUUAGUAAAACGAUGAAUGACAUGAACUAAUAAUGCUGAUAUCCUUGGUAAAUGUUGAGAAUUUAUUUUUACAACAUCAACAUUGAGCCUUGAAUGUGCUGAAACAAGUUCUACGUUUAAGUACGCCUGGUGCUUCAAGGGGCACGCCGCCUUUUUUACCUAUUUUACUGGUCACCACCAGUAAAAUAGGUAAAAAUGUAUCUUUUAUGAUGUUUUUAUGAUUCUGUUUGGGAGAAAUAGACGUGUGCCAUGUCACGCACUCCCCUGGGAAACAGGAAGUCAGGGAUUACGACUCCAACGUUAUGAGAUAAUUUUAUCCACUCAAGAGUGUAUAAACAUAAGACGUUUUAGUUGCAUUUCCUUUUCAAUAAUUGUCUGGGGUACCAAUAACUGUGGCAUCACUGAUCACUCUACAAGAAACCCGAAUUCAAAAUACAAAUCAUCUUGUAAGUUUUCUGUAUUGUGUCCAUUUUGUAGGCGCUUGUUUUCUAAAUAAAGUGUGAAGUUGACUAUUUCACACAUGUGGAGAACUAGACUGGAUAUGGAAGACAUUAGACCUACAUCACAUGGAGUAUUUUAGCAUUUUUAUAAAGGUUGAUGAACAGCAUGUGACUCUACAGUGUUCCAUAGAUGAUGUGAAUUUCCUGAAUCAAUAUUGGAUGGGAAAUUGUAAUAAUUUUUGUA